UGGAAGCCAAGUGCUGGUUCAUGCGCUAACUAACAGGAGUACAGAUAAAAGGAGAGGACAAACAGGGUGAAAGGUGGUGAGCAGAGGUCUUCUAUAAAAGCCAGUUAGUUCAGGGCCAGACUGUGGCAGCAGACAGGUGCACCAGCAGAGGGCUGUUGAGGAUCCACGUUUAAUCCAGAAUGAAAACUUUGGGGACUUUGUGCGCUCUUCUUCCGCUCCUCCUUUCUGUGCGUGCAGAUGUUGUGGAACAUUUUGAGGAUCAGUCAGAGUGUGUGAAAUACUUUUAUAAAGAGAAGGUGCCGGAGUGGGGAGCUUCUACACCUGGAGUUGCCCGCCUCUGUCAGCGCUUUGUCAACAGGUACCACUUUGCCACGCUGUAUGACACCAAUCACCGCAUUGCUGUCUACUCUGCCUACCAGUUCCAGCCCAGUAAUGGAGGCGGCAGAGAGAGCAGGUGGUUUGUGGAGCCUCAGCUGGUCAAUAAGUCCUGGCAAGCAGAGAUGAAGGAUGGCUACUGGCUGGGGAGGGACUACCCUGGGGUUUACCUCGGAGAGAAACAAGCUCUGAAUGAGGACUUUACUUACUCUGGCUUCGACCGUGGUCACCUCAACCCCAACGGACACCAUGCAGUUCCUAGUCGCAACGCCACCUUCACCCUGACCAACGUGGUCCCUCAGAACCCCAAGCUGAAUCAGAACUCCUGGAGGAUCCAUGAGUCCGACCUCACCAACCUUUUCAAAGCCAAGUGCUCUAAGGCCUUUGUGCUGGUUGGUGCUAUUCCCUCCGCAGAAAAUUGGAUCGUCAAAAACAAUGUGAAACGUGUCAACAUCCCAGACUACCUGUGGAACGCCUACUGCUGUGUGGACAACAAUGACAAACCCAUUCAGAGUGGUGCUGCCACAGCAAGAAACACAGAGGACAACUGGGUGGAGAAGCUGUCUCUGGCUGAACUGGGAGAAUUCCUGCAGCAGUUCUCCAAUGAGCCAGUAGGGGAGCUGUUUUACAACAACUGCAGCGCAUGAAAGGAUGAAAGUUGUCAGCUGUAAUAAAAUUCCUUACAGGAUAAGCAAGAAAAAUGUGUGAAUACUGAUUUAAAUAACAGUGAUUUGUUGUCCCUGGAAUAGCCAUCAGACUCUUAUCUGAGGCUGAACACACGUUAAUAGAAGGAAACCAAAAAUAUUGUGGAGAAUGUCUCUGCUGAAGAACUAAAACAUCAUCCUACAAUAAAACUUUAAAACUUUGUUGAUGCAUUUAAAUUACAA